AUGCUAAAUGCUAUGGGUGCUAAUGGAGACAAAUAUACAGGAAAAGUUCUUUCAAUUCCGUCAUGUACAACAAAUUUUUUAGCAUCACUUGCUAAAGCUUUUCAUGAAAAAUUUGGUAUUAUUAAACAUUUAAUGUCAACUGUUGAUUCUUACACUGAAAAGCUUGUUAUUGCAGCUGAAAUGUGGAACUCACAUAUAUGCUUCAAAGUUGUUAUCCCAAUGAAUCGUUUGUAA